UAAGUGUGCUUCUAUUAGAAUACUAACCUAAAAGAGAGCAUGGCAGGACUGCCAGAAGGUUGGGAAUUGCGAGAAUCGCGCUCUUCUGGACGCUCCUUUUACUUCAAUAAGUUUACCAAAGCCUCUAUAUGGGACAAGCCAGCGGCUGUGCCAUCAGGACAGGUGCAAGCGUCUCAUCUUCUGGUCAAGCACAGUGGCUCAAGGCGCCCAUCGUCGUGGAAACAGGACAAGAUAACUCGUUCCAAGGACGAAGCCAUAGAGAUUAUCAAAGGAUACCGUGCUCGUAUUGAGAAUGGAGAGAUUGGUUUUGCUGAGCUGGCAAGUGAAGAGAGUGAUUGUGGCAGUGCCAGGAAAGGUGGCGACCUCGGACCUUUUGGUAGGGGACAAAUGCAGAAACCUUUUGAGGAGGCAACGUAUGGUCUGGGUGUGGGGGAGCUGAGUGGAGUCAUCAGCACAGACUCUGGUAUUCACAUCAUCAUCAGAACAGCCUAAUAAAGAACACUGUUUGGACACGUUGUUAUUUGAUCUAUUGUGAUUAUGAUUAGCUAUUUUUAGAACUAUUAUCACAUGAGUAUUUAAUAACAUUGAA